UACAGAAUUUAACUAUUACUCGUAAAAUGGAAGUAUCUGGACGAAAAGGACAUAUUGUUUGUGAACCGUGUGCAGAAGAUGGAGACGACAUUACUGCUGACGGAUGUUGUAAAGAAUGUGAAGAGAAUAUGUGCAGUAAAUGUUUUCAACAUCACCGGAAGGGCAAACAUUGCAGAAACCACGUGUUUCUCUAUGCAGAAUAUAGUGGUUCACCAUCUGCUUUAAAAAUAAAGCCAGUAGGAUUGAUAGACAAAUGUCCAAAGCAUGUUGAAGAGAAAAUAAACUUCUACUGUGAAGCUCACGAAAUAGUUGGUUGCGGAGAAUGCAUAAUACACGAGCAUAAAACAUGUGAAGUUUUGUAUAUAUCAGAUGUGACAAGGGGACAGAACGAAAAUGAGUAUAUAGAAGAGGUUGUUAAAGAAAUAGAAAAUUGCAGCAACGAAAUUAAAGAAUACGAGAAAGAAAUACAUAGAAAUAUUGACAAAAUGAAAGCUACACAUGUAAAAUUCACUUGUGAUGCUGAGCGAUUUAAGCAAGAGAUACUGGAAAAAAUAGACAAACUCAUAUUUGAUGCAUGCAAACAGGCCAGUUUUAUUAUAACCGAUACCUUGAGUGCAUUAGGGAAGCUUAAGGUAGAAGUAUCUCAUAUAACAGAUGAGUUAUCAUCAAUGAAAACUAAGGCCGACAUAGAGAAAAAUGAGCCAACUGGUAAUUUUGUCACGGCCUUGUGGUUAAGAAAGAGAUUAAAGGAAAUAGAAGAAGACUUAAUAGAAAUUGGCAAAAGGACUAUUGGGACAAAAUAUAGGUUUGUGAAAAAUGAAAACAUUGAACAAGAACUUGAAACAUGCAAGGGACUUGACUUAUUUCGAAGAAGUCAAGAUGCUGAACAAGACAAUAAUGGUAUCAGGAACCUAAGAAUGGUUACCUUAGAGAAAGCCUCUGGAGUCCUUGGUUUUAGAAUAGACGGGGGAAUUGAUGGACAACCGCUAUUUGUAGGUGAAAUUAUACCUGGUACACCAGCUGCAAAUUCUAACAAGAUACUGAUUGGAGAUAAAAUCAUUUCGAUAAACAACGUAGAUGUAACUUCUCAACUUGAGGCAGCUGCCUUAAUAAAACAAUGUGAGAAAACAAUUCUAGUUCUUUGCCGACCAGAAGAUGAUGAACUGGACAAAUAUGGUAUCAGGAACCCAAGAACGGUUAUCCUAGAGACAGCUUCUGGAGUAAUUGGUUUAAGUAUAAAAAGAGGUGAUGAUAAGCAAUCGCUAUUUGUAAGUAAAAUCAUACCUGGUACACCAGCUGCAAAUUCUAAUAAGAUACUGCUUGGAGAUAAGAUCAUUUCGAUAAACAACAUUGAUGUAACUAAGUCGUUUCACCACGAAGCAGUUCCCUUAAUAAAAAAAUGUGAGAAAACAAUCCUAGUUCUUUGCCGACCAGAAGAUUACAACGCAAAAAAGUAGCUAUGAACAAGUGAAAGUUUUAGAAUUAUGAUCAGCAUGAACUGUUUCAGUGACAGGUAAGAGGCAAGAUGCCCGAAAUCAAGAAGAUACAUCAGAGCAAGACUUAGAUUAAAGACUUAUAUGAUGAGUGUAUUUAAAAUAUAAGUUUAAUAAUGGUUUUAGAGCAUGUUAGAUGCUUGUAACCUGAAUAAUACACAUAUCUCGAAAUAAAAAUAAAGUGUGUCAAAAAGUGUAAACAAAACAGUAUUUCGACUUCCAUACAAAAUACUGAACCACUAUAAAUUUAAUGUACUAAUUACCAAAAAGCAAAUGAGUAUUUGUUGGAAACUAUAAAAAUACCACCAUAAAAAGAUUACCAAAACUUAAAAGUGAAAGCAUUUCCAAGACAUAAUGUGCCUUCGAAAUUCGCUUUAAAUGACAGAGGAACUUGGACCUCAUCGACAUAUCAAACCGGAUUGUUUGAAAAUGUAAUAACUUCGGAAAAAAACGUGCAUUCUAUUGAAGCUAAGACCUUAAAAGAAUUGAGUUUCAAAAUUAAAAUAUCACACGGAAUGAAUUAUCUAGAUUACCGUCGGAAGUUAAACCUGUCAGCAACGUAGGAGUUACAUGCCAAGCAAUUAUAUAAAACUUCUGUAGAAAUUACUUCAACAUUUGCUGUUAAAGUUUUUCUAAGAAAAGUAGGUUUAACCGAAAUAAAUAUAACACUUGGAAUUUAUCUUUAUCACUUGUUUUUCUAAUUGAAGUUUACUUUAACUGUUACAAACUUAAUGAAACUAGUCUGGGAUAUGUAGGUAACAAUUUACGUGUUAACUUCAACAUGCAGUUACAUGCAUUUACACCAGUCGGAUUGCUACUUUUUAGAACUAAUUACACGAAUGUCUUAAAAAAACUUGCAAAUUACGAGAGUUUGUUGAAUAUAAGCCAGCUUAUUAUUCAGUUGUAUAAAUCAAGGCAGAAAUGAUAUAUUAUAAGGCUUAAAAGUCAUUAGAUACUUUCAUUUCUGUGAAACUAAAUAAUUAUUUAUAUAUACAAUAACAGUUAUCACCACUUGUUGCAAAUUAUCACCACUUAUGAUAAAAACAGAUCAUAUUACUAUACACUUUAAUUACAUUGCAUAUAUGAAAUAACAUUACCUUGUCCCAGAUUACAAAACAGAAAGGACCAUAUAAACAAAUCAGGCGAAAUUUUGCUUAACUAACAAGCACGGCAACAUUUAUUUGUUGAUGUCGUGUUAGAAUCGAAAUA